AUGGCUGCCCUCAACGUAGAUACCCUCGACAUGUCCCUGUUCUUCGGAACGCCGGACCAGAAGAAAGACUUCUGUGAUUCCCUCCUCCGUCUCCUCAAGAAGCGCGGUGGUGUCAAGCUCGUCAACCACAGCAUCCCUUCCGAGGACAUCCACGAGCUCUUCGCCCAGACAAAGCGCUUCUUCGAGCUUCCCCUUGAGACAAAGAUGAUCGCCAAGCACCCUCCCCAGGCCAACCCCAACCGCGGCUACUCCUUCGUCGGCCAAGAGAACGUCGCCAACAUCAGCGGCUACGAGAAGGGUCUCGGACCCCAGACUACCCGCGAUAUCAAGGAGACUGUCGACUUUGGCUCCGCGACCGACGAGCUGGUCGAUAACAUCUGGGUUCCUGAGGACAAGCUUCCAGGAUUCCGCAAGUUCAUGGAGGGUUUCUAUGAGAAAGCUUUCAAGACUGAGAUGCAGCUUCUUGAGGCUCUUGCUAUUGCUCUUGGUGUUUCAGCGGACCACCUCAAGUCUAUCCACAACCGCGCCGAGAACGAGUUCCGUAUCCUCCACUACCCAGCUGUCCCCGCCUCAGAACUCGCCGACGGUACCGCCACACGCAUUGCCGAGCACACCGACUUUGGCACCAUCACCAUGCUUUUCCAGGACUCUGUCGGUGGCCUCCAAGUCGAGGACCAGGAGAACCUGGGCCACUUCAACAACGUCGAGUCAGCCGCCCCCACAGACAUCAUCCUCAACAUUGGCGACUCCCUGCAGCGCUUGACCAACGACACAUUCAAGGCUGCAUGCCACCGCGUGACAUACCCUCCUUCCAUCAAGGCUAGCGACGGCGAGCAGGUCAUCCCUGAGCGAUACUCUAUCGCUUACUUUGCCAAGCCCAACCGCAGUGCUUCCCUUUUCCCCCUCAAGGAGUUUAUUGAGGAGGGCAUGCCUUGCAAGUACGAGGAUGUUACUGCUUGGGAGUGGAACAACCGACGAAUUGAGAAGUUGUUUUCGUCUGAUGCCAAGGCUUAA